GCAGGUCCUAUAUCAAGGGAAGGAGGGGGAAGGAUUCAUGCAAGAACCUCUCCACAGGCCUUCCUCUGUAUGUCAGGGCUUCAGAACUCAUGAAAAAUUCUGGAGGAAGAGACUAAAGGAAGCAAAGACAUCAAGAGUCCACAAACAGAAAGUAAAGAUCAAGGUCUUGAAAAACCACUUUCUCUUGGAAUCUUCAGCUGUACAAUCCUCCCGUAAGAUGUCCUUGGAGAAGAUGAAACAGCUUCAUCUGGAGGAAGAUUAUCUACACCCAGAAACUAAAGAAGUGAAUGGAAUCCUCAUGGCCAAAAUGAUUAGUGAUAAUUGGGACAAAAUCUGGAAUUUCCAAGCAAAACCUGAUGAUCUCCUCAUUGCAACCUACGCAAAAUCAGGCACAACCUGGACACAGGAGAUUGUGGACAUGAUCCAAAAUGAUGGGGAUGUGCAGAAGUGCCAGAGGGCCAACACCUUUGAUCGCCAUCCUUUCAUUGAGUGGACACUGCCCCCACCUCUCAACUCAGGUCUGGAUCUGGCUAACAAAAUGCCUUCUCCUAGAACUCUGAAGACUCAUCUGCCUGUUCAGAUGCUACCACCUUCCUUCUGGAAAGAAAAUUCAAAGAUUAUCUAUGUGGCUAGAAAUGCCAAGGACUGUCUGGUCUCCUACUACCAUUUCUCAAGAAUGAAUAAAAUGUUGCCUGACCCUGGUACAUGGGAGGAAUAUGUUGAGACAUUCAAAGCUGGAAAAGUGCUGUGGGGUUCCUGGUAUGACCACGUAAAGGGAUGGUGGGAUGCAAAAGACCAGCACCGUAUUCUCUACCUCUUCUACGAGGACAUGAAGGAGGACCCAAAGCGGGAAAUUGAGAAGAUACUGAAGUUCCUGGAGAAAGACGUAUCAGAGGAAGUUCUGAAUAAAAUCAUCUAUCACACCUCCUUUGAUGUAAUGAAGCAAAACCCAAUGGCCAACUAUACCACUUUGCCCACCAGCAUCAUGGACCACUCCAUCUCCCCUUUUAUGAGGAAAGGGAUGCCUGGAGACUGGAAGAACUAUUUUACUGUGGCCCAAAAUGAAGAAUUUGACAAAGACUACCAGAAGAAGAUGGCGGGAAGCACCCUAAACUUUCGCACAGAGAUCUGAGAGCAGUCAGGGAGUCUGCCCUGGACUUUCUUACCAGAUUUUUGCCAUUUUAGCCUCAUGAUCAAGGACACCUAAAACAAAGAUACCCUUCCUCCAGUCUGGAGCUGCUACACACUAGCUAUAGACCCUAUGCCACUGUGAUAAUACUUCAUCAAAAUGUAACCAAAUCCUAGGUGGUUUUUAAUUAAGAUACAUGAUCCCUCAUAUAGACAGCAACCACAUAAUGUACUCACCUGUCCUAAUGCAAAAUAAAGGUAAUUUAGUUCCAUCA